CGGGGAUCGCGAGCGGAUCGGGUCCCGGAGCUACCCAAGGCCCAGGCGAGCGCGUCCGUGCAGCACUGUGGGCGGGCACCGAAGAGGUCUAUUGUAGCCCAGGAAAACCUUAAACUCACUUCUAAUCCUCCAGCUUUGACCUACACAGUAUAUGACUCGAAUCUUUGUAUCUUCUGAUAUAAACAAGUGCAUGGGUACCACCAGGACCCAAGUCAUCUGCUGACCUGCUUCUAACCUUGCUUGAUUCAGUGUCUUCAACAGAAGGCUAAACAUUUUGCAAUGAGGAAGGUGGAUCUCUGCUCAGUCACUGAAGGGACAGAAGUGAUUCUGGCCACAUCGAGUGAUGAAAAGCACCCGCCUGAAAACAUCAUUGAUGGGAAUCCGGAAACCUUUUGGACCACCACAGGCAUGUUUCCCCAGGAGUUCAUUAUCUGUUUCCACAAACACGUAAAGAUUGAAAAGCUUGUCAUACAAAGUUACUUGGUGCGGACUUUGAGGAUUGAAAAGACCACAUCUAAAGAGCCAUUGGAUUUUGAGCAGUGGGUUGAAAAAGAUUUAGUACACACAGAGGGGCAGCUUCAAAAUGAAGAAAUUGUGGCACGAGAUGGCUACGCCACUUUCUUGAGAUUCAUUAUUGUCUCAGCAUUUGAUCAUUUUGCAUCUGUGCACAGCAUUUCUGCAGAGGGACUAACAGUCUCAAGUCUUCCUUAGUAAUUACAACGAAAUGCUCUGAACUACUUUUAGAAUAUAUUUAUUGAAAUACAAAGCUAUCUUUGAUAUGUUUACUAUUAAAUAGAUUUGUAUCA